AUGAUUGAGACCCAAUUAGCUCAACUCGCUAAUACCUUAAAGGAACAACAAGUGCAUACUAGUCUCCCACCCCAAGGUCAACCUCCUAAGCAAAUAUAUGCAAUCACGACACGGAAUGGGAAGACUUUAGAUGAUGUUCCUAGAGCUAAUGAGGUUUCUAAGUCCAAUGGGAAGGAUCAAGAGGGAGUCGUUGAGUCUAGAGACAAUGAUGUGGUAGAAGAGGAGCCUCCCAUCGAUAAUGUGGGUGAUACCCCUAUACCAAAAGAAGCAAAUCUUCUACCUCUCCCCACUCCUAAACUCCCCUAUCCUCAAAGAUUUUUAGGCAAAUCAUUGGAUGACCAGUUUUCUAAGUUUCUUGAUGUGAUUAGCAAGUUACAUGUCACAUUAUCUCUCACUGAGGCACUCAAACAAAUGCCCCACUAUUCUAGAUUCAUGAGAGAUAUUCUUCGUGGCAAGAGAUGUUGUGAACCGAAAGAGACCGUGCAACUCACGGAGAGUUGUAGAGCUCUAAUUCAGCACUCCUUUCCCCCAAAGCUCAAAGAUCCCGGGAGUUUUUCUAUCCCUUGUAGCAUUCAAAAGCUCAAAUUUUAG